UACGUCAAUAUUAGCAAUUUACUUUUUUUUUUUUUCAUAGUUAUUUUUUGUACCCAUAUGGUAUGUGUAUAACUAUGACUAAUACUAUGUUCUGUUUUUGUUACUGAAUUUUGUUUUACCAUUGUUAACAAUUAUUAUUAUUAUUGCAUUUUUUUUACAGUUAUUCAAUACUUAACCAAUACUUAUAUUUUCAAUACUUCAAGAAACGAUGUCCACUUUUAGCACAGGUUAGUUAGCCAAAAUAUAAAAAAAACAGACAUUGUGAAACCAAUUUCUUCGUAACUUAGAUGUAAACAAAAGUAACAAUAAUAAUAUAUAGAUAAUAGAUGGUUUAUGAUUGAGAUGUCAUUAAAAAUUAUUUGGCAUUAUUGUUAUAGCCGCUUUGGAAACUUUAUAUAUUUACCAAAUAUAUAGUAUAUAGGGUUUUAAGAAUGUUUAUUUGAUAUUUCCAUGAAAAUUGCAUGUUUAACAUUUGAAAGGUAAUGUCAAAUUACAAAUUAACAAAUUGAAAACAAAUUAAAAUUCAAUAAUUUGAAAUUUUUUUAUUUAGGUAGGACUAAUACAAGGAAUGGUGGGAGUAUAAUAGUAGAUAAAGAUUUAUUAUAAAGUAUAGUAAUAGAUGUAUCAAGAGAGAUAGAAUAAUAGUAGUGAAGCUGAUGUUACGACAAAAAGGUAAUGAAUGUAUUAAGCUCGUAUUAUCCACAUGUAAGAUGUGAAGAGAGAGGUUUAUUAAUCUUGGCGAUGAGGUAAUGUGAGGUAUAACAGGAAAUAUAGAUGGUGUAUUAGUGGCGAUAUGAAUCGACAUGUUGGUAGUGAGAAGACAUGGAAGGUAUGGGUUUUUGGAGAGAAAUUAGACUGGGGAAAGAAUUCUAGAUUUUGUAAUUAACAUAUGAUCUUGCAGUUAUUAACAUGUAUUUUAGGAAGAACAUUAUUUAACUUUUAAGAUUGGAGGAAAUAAUCACAAAGUAAUUAUUAUAUGUGGAAGAGGGAAAAUGUUAAUCAAAAGAAUAUAAAGUAAUACCUGUUAAGAGUGUUACAACACAACAUAGCGUAAUGUUCAUGAAGUUUUGAUGUUGUGGGAAGAAAGUGCGCAAAAAUAAAAAUAACAGAGGGAGAAUAGAGUCGAGGAUCACUAGUGGAAAUUAAUGAGAGAAAUAUAAAUGAAGUAUAACUUAUGGUGGAUCAAAAAAGUUUCUCGUCGCCACUAACUCUCUGUCCUGUCUUCAAGCUCUUUCCUCUAUUUUAUUCAAAUGGCAACUUUCCCCUCUCAUAUUCACUAUAGGACAAAUAUUCUAGAUGGUGUACCAGUGAAAGUGUGAAUAUUAGGGGAGCUAAGCAAGGGAUGGAAGUGUUAGUAGAAGAGAAAAUGUCAGACGAGUUGAAGAAGAGUUUUAUUAUACCUAUUAUUAAAGAAAAAGGAGAUGUACAAGAGUGUAGAAUUUUAGAGGAAUAAAAUUGAUGAGUCAUAGUAUGAAAAUAUGAGAAAAGAUAAUUAGAAGUGAGACAUCAAUAUCUAAGAACCAGUUUGGUUUUAUGUCAGGAAGAUUAAUAAUGGAACUAAUAUUUUUGAUAGACAGAUUAUAGAUAAGUACAGCAAGAAAAACAAUAACUUUUGAAUGACUUUUAUAGAAUUAGAGAAGGAAUAUGACUGACUGCCCAGAUAAUGAGUAUAAGUGAGAAAAAGAAUUCCGAGGUUGUAAAAUAGUUUAAUAGAGGAUAUGUAUGAAGGUUUAAAUACGAGUGUAAGAAAUGUCUGUGGAAUAUUUGAGGAUUUUGGGGUUAGAGUAGGUGUGUAUCAGGAGACUGCCUUGAGCCUUACUUAUUUUCUGUUGUAAUGGAUGAAGUUAAAAAGGAUAUACAAAGUGGGAGAUUGGAUCAAGUGGAAGUUUAGGAUGGGGGUGGCCUAAUUAGAAUCAAAUUGGGUGUAUUCGUGUAAGUACUAUUUGUACAAUUUACAAUAACAUACUUGUAUAUAAAAAAAAAUACUGAUAUUUAUGUUAAACUUAUUAUAUUAUAUUUUAUUUAUCACUAUAUAUUUCUACUUAGCCGAUGUUAUAGAAUUAUUUUGUUUUAGAAUCAGUCUUUUAAAAUUAGUAUAUCUCUCAACUAAUCUAAUCUAACUUAAUUUAACUUACUCAUGAAACAACAGAUUUAAAAGUAGAAUAUCUCCUCAAUAGGUUGAUGGAAAUAAAAAAUAUCAACACCAAAAUAUAUUUAAACUAAAUCUUCAUAUAUUUAUGGAUUUUAUUAAUAUAGAUUUUUAUUUGAUUAUCAAAAGUGAGUACUGAUUUUGUUCUCAAAAAUAAGACUGACAAAAAAAUAACAUUUUUGUAAAAUUUUUGUACUACUUGUCUUUUAAAUGUUCAAAACACUAAUUCCAAAUAAUGAGUGUCUAAUGUUGUUUAUGUUGAUCACUCAGUAUGUUUUGUAUUAUCAUGUUUUUAUAGAUUGGUGGAUAAGGUUUUUUACGGAUGCUGGUAUUCCUUCAUUUGCAUCAUCUAAAUAUGCAGCUAUUUUCCAUGAAAAUAGAAUUCAGUCUAAUAUGCUAAUGGAUUUAGAAAAAGAUAUUCUUAAAGAAAUGGGCAUAACAGUAAUUGGUGAUAUUAUAGCAAUACUUAAACACGCAAAAGAUGUUUACAGAGAGGUAAUUUUUAUGGUAAACUUUGAGCUUGAGCAGUGAAUAUUUUUAUUAAUCAAUUUCUUUUUUUUAAAAAAAAAAAUAAAUUUUAUUUAUUUAUUUUAAGGGUUUUUAUGAUAUUUAUACUUCAAUUGGAGGCGAGAAUUCAACUACUAAAAGAAACCAAAGUGAAAUCAAUGAAAUUGCAUCUGCUGCUCCUAUAAAAAAAAAAAAUGGUAAAUAAUAAUAGUUUUAAAUAAUAUUAUAUUAAUGAUUAUUUACUUAUUUUUUAUUUAUUAAGUUGCUAACAAAGUAAAAAAAGUAAUUACCAAGAGAGUUAAAGUUUCAAGCGAGAGUGAAGAAGAAGAAAUACCUUUAAAGCUAGUAAAGAAAAAGAUUCCUUCACAAACAUUGCAAAAUACAGUUAAAGUUGUUACUAGAAAAUUAGUUUCAAAGCCUAAACCUUCAGUAAAAGUUAAACCCAUUGUAUUAGAAAGUGAUGAUGAUUCGCCACCACUAACUGAAUUAAAACCAAAAAGUUCAGUUUUUGAUCGUUUAGGUGUUGGUGAUGUAAGCAGUACAACUCCAAAUUUUGAUAAUAAUAAUUCACCUAUUACUGAAACAAGAAAAGUAAUUAUUAAAUAAUAAAAUACUUUUUUUUUUUUUUACAUUUGAAAUUAUAUAAUAAAAAUGUUAUUCUUUAUCUUUAUCAGUCUUCAGUGUUUAAACGUCUUGGAGUAAAACAAACUGGUGAACCCAAUGCCAAUGCAACAUUUAAACGUGCUAUUAAAGGAGGAAACAAUACAUAUUAUGGUCCUAAUAUUCCAUCAGAAGAAACAAGUGCUUUUACAAAAAGAAUAAAACAUGAAGAAACAAGUAUGAAUUUUUCUUUUUAGAAGAGUCCCUGACAAAAAAUGUUUUAUGUAUCAAAAAAAAUAAAUAAAUAUUAUGUGAUUUUUAAAUGCUGUGAAUAGUAUUUAGAUUUAUUAUGUACAAACUUCUUAAGACAAUAUACUCUCAUACACUGUCUGCAUCUUACUAAUGCACAUACUUAUAUUUCAUUUAAAAAUUAAAAUAACUAAACAAAAAAACAAAUGAGACAUACUUUGUACGGUGAGUGGAUCGCUGUUGUAAGUGAAAUAUUGGUAGGUAGAGAGAAAAUUGAAUGUAUAUCUGUAUGCAACGAUUAAUCAUUACUAACUAAUAACAAAUUUGAGCGGAAAAUUUAAUUAUACAUGUUUUGAAAGGCUUUGUCUUAAUAUUUAUGAUUUAAAAAUAAUACAUUUCGUACAUUUUCUUGUUUUUCCCAUUUAUUAUAUAAGAACCCUUGAAAAAAAAAAAAAAUGACUCCUUUGAGUACCACCCCAGUUAAAUUUCCUUUCAGAAAGAGUGCUUUACAAAAAAAUAAAACAUCAUUAUAAAACCAAUUGCCGCUCUUCUCAGAUUCUAAAAUUGAUGCAGUUUCACAAAAUAAUGAUCUUUAAUUUGAUAACUGGUAAAUUCACUCUAAUAUUAAAACCAAAAUUAAAGUUUUUAUUAAAACUAACAGCAGUUGAUCUUGCUGAAUGCAAAUUUGCUAUGUGGUGCAUUAGUAAGAUGGAGAUUGAAUACGCGGGAGGUAAAUGGCUUAAAUUUUGAGUACCAAUGUCAAAACAAUUUUGUUAAAUUAUAUUAAUUUUUUAGAUUCAAACUCUUCAAAGUCUGUAUUCGAGCGAAUUGGUGCAACAUGUGAUCGUGAAAAAAUGAGUCCAGGUCUUGUGUCAAAAAGUGGUAUGUUAACAUUUAUUUUAUUUAAGAAAAUUUGAUCCUUAUAUAUAUAUAUAUAUAUAUAUAUUAUACAUUUAGUAUAAAUAUGUUUACUCAGUUGUGUAACAAGGAUUUAUUUUUGGGAAGGAGUAUGAAUCUAAACCAAUUUCUGGAUAUAUUUUUGGGAUAUUAUAUUACUAAAAAGGUGAUGUGCACAUUGUUGUGAAUUCAGAACUACAAAAAACUGUGUACAAUUUUAAUACAAAAUAUAACUAUUAUAUAUAAUUUAAAACAAAACCUGGUUUAUAACCUCCAGUGGUGGCACCACUUCAUUAACUGAUAGUAAAUUAGAAAAAAAAACCAAUAAUUGUCAUUUUCUGUUUAGCACUUUUGAGGAAUGCUGGCUCUGGUGGAAGACCAAUUUAUGUUAAUCCAAAGGUAAAUAUGUAUUAAUAUUUAUCAUAUGACAAAUAUAAUUCAAAUUAAUAAGGUAGACAAAUAUUUCAUGUAGCUUUAAUAAAAUUGUAAAUUUUGAUAUAUUUGACUUAUAAAGACUUUUUGUAUUAAAAUGAAAUUUUUUUAGAAAAUAUUGUUUCAAAUUUUAAUUUUGAUUAUGUUUUUUUUUUUUAAUGUCUUAUAAAAAAAGCUAAAAAAAAAAAAAUGCUCAAAAUGUUUUUUUUUUUGUAUGUUAUAUAUUAUCAAUAUGUAUCAUUAUAACAAGUUCAGUGGCUUGUAAAUUAAAGAAUUAAUUUGCUUAUUUUCAUUAGUAUUUCAUUACUUUUACGCAUGUAAAAUGAAACAGAGUAUUUAUUAUUUAUUUACAAUGUGUUCUUGACUUGAAAAAAAAAAAUUGAAUUUUGUGCAUUUCUUUUACUAUUGUAAGUAAUAUUAAUUGUUAUAUUUAACAGUUUUUUUUUUUAUUAUUAUUAUUUUUUAUUUUUUAUUUUUUGAAUUUCAAAUGGUAUGAUGUAAAUGCACUUUCUAAUAGACAAAUUUUAAUUUGACUAAUGUUUUGAGCACCUUAAAAUAUAUUUAUUAUAAUAGCAUGAGUUUCACCUAGUCCCAUCAGUAAAACAAUAUCUUUAAACCUUUUUUUUUUUUUUCAAUUAGAUAUAAUUUUUUUUCAGGUAUUAAAUGUUAAAAAGCUGAGCCUGUUAAAUCAUUCACAUUUUAGAAGUGCUGAUUUAGGUUAAUACAAAAAUCAUUUUGGUUGAAGAUAUAUUCUUUAAAAUUAAGUUAUAACAAAUAUUAUAAUACAACACUUAUUUACUUUAAUUUAUGUUAAAAAAUUAAACGACCCUAUUAUUGUUAAAUUAACUUAAGAGAACGUGUUACCCACAAUUUUGAGAAAAUUACAUAUAUAAAACCCCUUAAAUAAAUGUAACGCGUCCUCUUAAGAUGUAGGUCAUUGUAAUUCAUGUUUAGUAAGUAUGCUACAAUUUAUUAGGUUUAUAUAUUAAUAUUAUGACUAUAAAAAUACAAAUUCCCUAAUAUAUAAUCUAGGAAUUUUUUUUUUUUAUAAAUAAAUUACUGAACUAUUAUAAUAAAUUAAUCUGAAAUGUAUUAACAUUAAUAAUUUGUGUGAUUUCUUUGAAAAAUGAUUUAUAAUCCCUUAAAUUAAAUUGAGUUUUGUAAAACAUAAGGUAACAAAAAAAUGUUUAAGUGGUCAAUACUAAAAAAAAAAAAAAUGUAUGAGAAAAACAUACAUCUAUCUGCUGUAAGAGGCAACAAAUGAGGUUGAAUCAUGUCUACAGUCAGUGUAAAAUUCUGUUAAACAGUAAUAAAAGUUCUAAACAAUACUUUGGCAGAUUGUUGUUCCAUCUCGGAUGAAGUAUCAUGGUGUGUGUGGUGUUGUCAGAUGAAUUAAUUUUGAUUGGAGAAAAUCUGAAAUAAGUUAACAAUAUUUUUAAAGAAUGGAGAGUAGUAUUUGAAGAAAAGGACUAAGGAUAAGUAGAAGUAAAAUAGAGUAUAAAUUUGGAGGAACGAGACAAGACAGCCAACAAUAAUAAGCUCUUAUAUGCAAGGUUGAAAGUUUUAAGUACUUAGGAUCUUUUGUACAUAAGACACGUGACUUUCAUAAGGAUGUGAAACAUUUGUGUGAUUAGGUAAAGUGGACAGAAGCACCAAAUUUUUUAGGUGAGGAAAGAAUUCCAAUGAGACUUAAAAGGUAGUUCUUUAAGAGUGUGAUGAGACUGACUAUGUUGUAUGGUUCGUAGUAUUGGACAGGAAACAGAAAAUUAGUAGAGAUGAGAAUGCUUAGGUGGAUGAGUGAAGUCGCGAGAUAAUACAGGAUAAGGAAUGUGUAUAUAAGAAUUAAAUUAAGCGUGGCUUCAAUACUAUACAAUAGUAGACAAAAUUAAAGAAAUAGACAGACAUGGCCAUGUAAAUCAAAACCAGUAAAAGUUGUAAUGUAAAUAAAUUUAGGUAGAAAGAGAUGGAGAGGAAGACCAAAAUAGAAGUGAUUGGAUUUGAUUAAGAAUGAUAUGACAGCUAGUGUAUGCAAGGUGGGAGAUUAGAUUAAUUGCACGUUUAGAAUAAUUGUGGUCGACCCCAAAAAGUUAGAAUAAAGACAAACAAAACAAAGAAAAAAAAGAAAAUUGUGUGUGUUAGAAUCAAGACAUUACUUACAAAUUUAUUCAACUUUAUAUGACAAUUUUAUGGUGGUUUUUUUUUUUUAAUUAAUAAUAGUCACAAAAUAUUUGAAUUUUAAAUAUAAUAUAUGUUUCCAUAUAAAUGUUUAUAUUAUUUAAUAAUAUUGAU